AUGUACGCUAUGCAGCGGUCAACGACACUACUCUUGGCUCUCUCGCCAUUGCUUACACUCGUCCAAGCAUCCGCCGUGGAUGGUAUCGAGCCUGCAGCUGCUACCGUUCCAGACACGCCGGCAGCAGGAGCACCUUUACAGGCAGCGGAGAAACUCCAAUUGACCGAUGAAGUGAUCGAACGCCUGGAAACAGAAGAAGCCACAUCGGACUAUGCCAAAUACUUCAAAUUUGGUAAUGGCGAUGCUCCUGCCUAUUCAGCGUCUUGCAAGACGUUUCCCGGAGACGACGCUUGGCCUAAAGACACCACUUGGGACAUGUUCAACGUGCUCCUCGACGGAGCAUUGAUUCCAACGAAGCCAAUUGCGGCAUCGUGUUACGACACGAGAUGGGGAAAGAAAGAUGCUGCAGCGUGCUCGGAUGUUAUCAACAAUUUCACAAGUCCGCUGUUCCAUUCUGCUGAUCCCACAUCAAAUAUGUGGCCGAUUUAUCAGGGCAGGACAUGUAUGCCUGGCAACGAAACCACCGGCGAGAUAUGCACUCUGGGCGCAUACCCAGAAUACGCGGUCAAGGUCACGAAUGUGGCACAGAUCCAGCUUGCAAUCAACUUCGCGCGUGCCACCAACAUGCGGCUUGUCAUCAAGAACACUGGUCACUGCUAUCUUGGAAAGUCAACUGGCGCUGGAGCAUUGAGUCUAUGGAUGCACAACAUGGACCAGAUCGACUUUAUGUCUCAGUAUGAAGGCCCUGGGUACUCGGGACCAGCACUCAAGCUUUCUGCGGGUGUCAAUGUGAGGCAAGUGUAUGAGGCCGCGGACAAGAACGGCGUGACCGUCUUGGGCGCGGUAUCCGCGAGUGUUGGAUAUGCUGGUGGCAUGAUAACCGGAGGAGGACAAAAUCCUCUUGCUGGCAUCUACGGAAUGUCGGCCGAUCACGUCGUCGCUUUCCAGGUCGUCACUGCGGCUGGUCGCUUUGUCACUGUCUCCGAAGCUUCGAACCCUGAUCUAUUCUGGGCGCUUAGAGGCGGCGGCGGCGGAACUUUCGCCGUCGUCACCUCCGUCAUCAUUCGAGCACAUCCUAAGCUCAACUCUGUCACAUCGAGUUGGACCCUUGACGCUUCGAACAACAGCGUCGAUGCCUUCUGGGCGGGUACGAAGAAGUUCUAUGACCUGUUCCUUGACUGGGCGGACGCGGGAAUAUACAGUUUCUACUUCAUGGGGGCAAAACCUGCCCCAUACCUACAAAUGGGAUUCCUGAUCGCGCCAAACCACACUAUGGAGUCAUAUACCGAGCUUGUAAAGCCCUUCUUCCAAUACCUCCAGGACAACAACAUUACUCUCACGGUACCCGACGCACCUAUCGCGCAUAACACAUUCUACUCUGCUUACCAAGCAACAUGGGGGCGUAUACCCUUUGGUGUCGGUUCGGACGGCUCAAUGCCCGCGAAUCGAAUUGUUCCCAGACGCAACUUCCUGGAAAAGUAUGACGAAACAUUUGCGCUCAUCAAAGAGCACGUGUUAUCCGGGAAACAUUUCUUGGGAUACCACAAGGCACCAAAGAAGUAUGCAAACACGAACAACGCCGUCAGCCCAGCCUGGCGUGAGUGUGCUCUGUUCAUGGUGACCUCUUCAAACCGAUCAGCCGACCAUUCUACACCUGAAGCCCUUGCCGCCGCCAGUAAGGAUCUUCACGAGAACAUUUUGCAGCCUUGGCGCGACAUAGCACCUGUAUCAGAGGGUGGUGGUACAUAUCUCAACGAAGCGAGCGUGGAUGAGCCUGACUGGCAGGAGUCAUUUUAUGCGGGUUAUUACCCUAAGCUGAGUGAGAUCAAGAAGAAGUGGGACCCGACCGAUGUCUUCUACGCGACCACUGCCGUUGGAAGUGAGAGGUGGGUGGUUCAAGACGGAGAACAGGGUGUUCAGACUCAGAAUGGAAGAUUGUGCCGGGCCUGA